UAUAAAUCACUGGAUGCUCCUCGCGUCCACCGACUUGAAGCGCACUAGCGCGGGCCCCCGAAGGGCCGGCGGCCGCGAUUUUUUCGCUCGCAUUUCUCAGCGCAGCCGGUGGGCUGCACUAGCGCCCGUUUCCGGAGGGUCCGCGGCUUUUUCGAUUUUAAAAGCCAACCCGACCGCGGGGCGGGGCCGGCGGGCCCGAGACGACAACAACGAGCCCAGCCGGCCCCCGAAGGGCCCGCGCUCGGGCUCGUAUUAAUAAAUAAUUGUGGGGUAAUAAAUUAAUCGCUUAAGUUACCGGGUAACUUAGCGUCCGGCCGGCCGCCGGAAGCUAAGUUACCCGGUUCCCAGCCGCCAGCCCCGGAGAACGGAGCGGUCCGAUCCGCUGGAACGGGCUGGCGGCUGGGAACCGGGUAACUUAGCGUCCGGCCGGCCGCCGGAAGCUAAGUUACCCGGUUCCCAGCCGCCAGCCCCGGAGAACGGAGCGGUCCGAUCCGCUGGAACGGGCUGGCGGCUGGGAACCGGGUAACUUAGCGUCCGGCGGCCGGCCGGACGCUAAGUUACCCGGUAACUUAAGCGAUUAA